UGCCCAUUCGACGCGCGGCUGUACAUGUUGAACAGCUGUGUCUGUGAUGCCGACAACAACAACCAGGACGCUAUGUCGAAUUUGGAUUGGGUGUGCGUGCCGCGUUUGUAUGAAGUGAGGAAAAACCACUUGGCUGGCCGUGCCACGCUGGAGCAUCCGCUAAAACAGCAGACAGUCACGAUGGUGGACAGCAAUCCUUUGAGCCAGGCUCUGGAGGGUACUGAUCCGCUUUCACAAUUUGCGCGCCAAGAUGAAGAACUGAAUGAUCCACUCUCCCAAAUGGUCAGCGAAUUUGACCUCAAGUCGAAGCGUCGCGAACGUGACAGGACAGAGCCAGAGGAUAAUACUCUGCAAUGGAGCACAAGGCGCUUGGGUAUUCUCAAUCGCUUCACCACUAAUGAGAAGCUAUCGCUAUCGACUAGUUUUUUGGUCGCCUCAGGCAGCUUGGAUGGCGGCAGCGAUAGUAUCAAAGCACAAACUGUGGUGGCAGACAAGACCAAGUAUCGGUUGGAACAGCUGGAUCAUUUUGAUGAUGGUUCUAUGCGGCACAUGAUGGACCUCACGCAGCCGGAAUACAUUCAGAGAUUCGAGCAACUCAAGCAGGAGCUCACCCAGUCCUGGAACAAUGAUCAACGAGUGAAGGCUCUGAAGAUCGCCAUACAGUGUGCCAAGAUGUUGGCGGACACCACUGUCCUGCAGUUCUAUCCCAGCCAGUAUGUCCUCAUUACGGACAUUUUGGAUGUCUUCGGAAAGCUGGUGUACGACCGAUUGCGUGCCAAGGCAUCGGGCCUGCCUGGUGCUUCGGCGGCCACAUUAGAACGCGAACGUGAAGCUGCUCGGGAUACGUGCCAGAAUUGGUUCUACAAGAUUGCUUCCAUACGAGAGCUGCUGCCGCGCUUGUACCUGGAAAUGUCCAUAUUCAAAUGCUACGAGUUCUUGACAUCCGAUCGCGAGGAAUACGAGAAGUUACUGCGACGCCUAACGCACCAGUUGAGAGGCAUUGCAGACCCCUUGGUUUCCAGCUAUGCGCGUUGCUAUCUAGUGCGCAUGGGUGUGACUGUGACGCCCAGUAAGACAUAUAUUCGUGAGAAUUUUGGCGAUUUGUUCAUUGUUUAUCCUCAGAUCUUUCGCUUUGUGGCCCGUUUCAAUCUGCACCCGGAGAUCGUCACCGCCAGCUCGUAUCUGCAGCUGUAUGCACCAGCAUUCGAUUAUAUGCUGCUGUGUUUGGUUCACAAAUGCGAGCUUCAUACGCAGGAUAUCCUCAACGAAUGCAAACAGUUGAAAAACAACGGUGCAAUACUGAUGUCCAUUCUGAGCUCCUUCAAAUCUGAGUUCAUUGCCACAAAUGCAUUGGAGUUUGUAGAGCUGAUAAAUGCCUCAGAGACGCCCGGCAUAUCCAAAUCCCAGCUGCUUCGUUCACUGGGAAGCAGCGUCAGCAGUUGUGCCCCGCUGCAGGAACAGCGUGUGACUUUUCUGAAGGCUGCCUUUGAGACCAUCAACAAGCUGACGGAUCCGAAUGAGUACAUCAAUUGCGUAGAGACCUGGGCUGUCUUCGUAUCACAGUAUUUUACGAUACACGAAGUGAAUCGCCUGCUGGGAGAACUGAAUACUCGCAUGUGCUUGGGCAAGGCAUAUGAGAAGCACUACCCACAGUUGCAGAAUAUUCUGUCGAGGAUUAUGCAGAAUUAUCGCAGCAUUGAGCUGCUGUUAAUACAGCCAAACUUCUUGCCCUAUUUGGACCUGUUUCAGAAGGAAUCAGUGCGCGUGGAGGUCUGCAAGACAAUACUCACAUACUACAAGCAAAACAGCGAGGAAUACACCUGCGAUGCUGUGGUCACGAAUGCUCUGAUGUAUCUGGGAAAGAUUCUCAAUGAUUCUGUGAAUGCUCUCUCGGUGGACGAUGAAAGACGACAGAUAUCGCAGCUUAUAAAUGUCUUUAUACACAAAGUACACUUUGGUCGCGACUUGGAGCAGCAGCUAGGUUUCUAUGUGGAGGCUAGGGGCACAUUUAGCAAUCUAGAUGCGGUAUAUGUCACCCUGGUGCAUGCAGCUUGUAAGCUGGCAACGCGUAAUACCUCAAAAUCGACGGGUUUCAUCAAGGCCUGCAUUGCCUACUGUUUCAUAACCAUUCCGAGCAUCAGCGCUGUCCAACAGCAAAUGGAUUUAUAUCUGCUUUGCGGCCAGCUGGCCCUCAGGCAUCUGUGCCUGGGACAGGCUGAUUCCUGCUUUGAGGCCGCUUUGCAGCUGGUGAAUGAACUGCCUGCCGCCACCGUGGAUUUCGAGGGUAAACCGCGCAGCCUGGAGCGCUAUUUAGUCACGUAUCUGUGCAACAUGCUGGCCACGUUGAUUGUGGUGCCCGAUAGUCCAGAGCAGGGAGUGCUGUACUUUUUGCGCCUGCUCCUCGAUGUCAUUGGGAAGCACGAGUUCAAGGCGGACAGCACGGCGCCGAGCGUCAUCUAUCUGCAUGCCUUGGACAUGCUCUAUGUUCAGUCUCUGGAGAGGUAUCCCUAUCACAUACAGGGAGUGGUUUCCAAUGAUGAUUUGUACGGUCAUGACCCCAAGUUUCUAGUGGAGAUCAACAAUCUGUGUGUCCAAGUGGUGGAUGCCAUUCUGCUGCAGCUCAAAGCCCUAGGUGUUGCCCAGCAGCAGCGACAGCAGGCAGAGCUAUCCCUAGAUCUGUUCUUAAGAAUUGUGCGCUAUGCCGAUUUGGAAAAGGAAACUGUAGCCCAAUUGGCACUGAACCUCUGGCUAUUGGCUAACAAAUCGCAAACACAACUGGAUGUAAAGACUCUUCCACAAACACUACGCGUUGUAGAGCUUCUGUACAAACAAUUGAGGGAUGUGGCACCUGCGCAGGCACAGGCCAUUGCCAAGCUGCUCCUGCGCAUGCGCAACAGCUGAGAGAUGGAGCGAAGCCUGGCUGCUUGCUGAGAUUAUUCAAUAUAUUCUUAUACCCUAUAUGCAUGAAUCUUUUACGGAUUCAAGGCCUGCAUUAUACCUUACCUUCAGUUUUGUGCUUUUUUUAGCUGACAUUUUUGUGUGCAAUUACAAACAUAUGUAUGUUUAUAUAUAAA